AGGGUGUGUUUGUUCCUUCCUUCUCUGCGCUUCUCCUUCGCGUUGUUCUUUUCUUUCUUUUUCUCCUUUCCCCUUCUUCUUCUACUUUGUGUUGCCGCCUUUCGGAGACGAAGUCCGCCGCCGCCAGCUGGAACAUCCGUUAUCAUAUUACAGAUGAAGUUGAUAAGGACAACAAUUACCAAUUUGGGGUCUUAAUUUAGCUACCGAGCUUGGGUUUGCAGAGAAGAUCGCCUGUUGCAAAAGGACUGUUCGGAAAUUUCAGUUGUAAUGUACUGUGGCUUGAGUGCAGUGAAUUUCUUAACACUACCACACUGCUAUGUUGUGUUCCAAAAUUGGGGCACGGCACAUGUGUAUUCCUCCCCCAAGUGGUGCUGUUCGAUGAGGUUCCUAUUGCAUUCCGAUUGUAGUUUUAAUCGAUCAGAUUCGUCGCUUUAUGGCUGCAAGAACCGUACUAUUCAUAUAUCUGCUUCUCUUGGCUCCACUCAUGUAGAGCAAAGUGAAGCCGAGACAAAGAAAUUGACAGAUUCAGAACUUCGCAGAUUAUGUGGCAGUCAUGUUCCUGAUCGUGUACUCUGCAGGGUGGAGGAAAUGGGAUACACUGUUCCGACAAGCGUACAACGUGAAGCACUUCCGGUGUUAUUUUCUGGGCGUGAUUGUGUGAUUCAUGCUCAGACAGGUUCUGGAAAGACUCUAGCUUACAUGCUUCGGAUAUUCUCGGUUGUCAAUGUUCAGAGGUCAUCUGUCCAGGCUCUGAUUGUCGUACCGACAAGAGAACUUGGCAUACAGGUUACAAAAGUUGCACGUAUGCUCGCUGCAAAAUCUUCAGAGCUUGAACCAGAACAAAAGUCGUGUAUCAUCAUGGCUCUUUUAGAUGGUGGUACGUUGAGGAGACAUAAGAGUUGGUUGAAGGCUGAUCCUCCGACUAUUGUAAUUGCUACCUUGAAGAGCCUCUGCCACAUGCUCGACAAACAAAUUCUUAAGGUUGAUGCAAUGCGUGUGUUGGUAAUUGAUGAGGUCGAUUUCAUGUUCAAUUCAUCGAAUGAAGUGAGUUCUUUGAGGAAGCUUUUGACGACCUACUCGUCAAUCAAUAAGCGACAGACCAUCUUUGCCAGCGCGUCGAUUCCUCAGCACAGACGAUUCCUCUACGACUGUGUUCAACACAAAUGGACCAAGGCUGACGUUGUCCAUGUCCACGUAAAUGCAGCUGAACCCAUGCCGUCGUGCCUACAUCACAGAUUCGUUAUAUGCGCGAAAAAGGAGAGGCAUCUAACACUCCUAAAUUUGUUAAAUUCCGAUUCGCCUAAAUCUGCCAUAAUUUUUGUCGGCGAGCAAUCUGAGAAAUCGAAGAAAGCUGGAAAAGCUCCCCCGGUAACACUUUUGUUCGAUUUUCUCAAAACUUCUUAUGGCGAAAAUCUGGAAUUAGUUCUUUUAGAAGAAGAAAUGAAUCUUAGCCAACGAGCUGCGUCCUUAUCCGAUGUUAAGCGAUCCGGAGGUUAUCUCCUAGUCGCAACAGAUAUUGCGGCCAGGGGGGUUGACCUGCCGGAGACCACUCAUGUGUACAACCUCGACCUUCCCAAAGACGCCGUAAGUUAUUUACAUCGCGCCGGAAGAACUGGCCGGAAGCCAUUCUCCGGCGGCAAGUGUUUUGUCACAAAUAUUAUAGCUUCCGAAGAACGGUUUGUUUUGCAGAGAUUCGAAAAUGAAUUGAUGUUUGGUUGUGAAGAAGUUUUGUUGUCAUAGAAAUAAUCAUAUAUCUAAUUCGUAGUUGCUGGAAUAUUGUCACAUGUAUUGAUAUUGAUAUUGGUAUAUGACAUUAUAAAUUAGUCACAUACAAUAUGUGGAUUUAAAUAUUAGCAUUUGAUGCCGAGCA